AUGCAUCAAGCUCAACCCCUAAGAGUGUUUGUGACCGUAAAAGCAACGAGCGAUUAUUAUCGCAAAGCCUGGUCGGCCCCGCAUGACGUCGUCGAGGCCGCACUGAGCGCCUUGUCUUCUGCUAGUGCAGACGUUCAUCCCGAGCAGGCCCCAUCAGCACAGCUGGUUGCGAUCCUUAAUUUCGACUCGAAAGCACGAUUGGUCUUCGACAUGUUUUAUGCCAGCUACGACUCAAAGACGGCAUAUCUUCCAGGCCAUGACGACGACUUGCGAGUCUGGGUUGUCACGGUGGGCAAGGGAACCGAAACAGACAUGAUCAAAGUGUCCUUGGCAACAAAGGGGACCGGGAUCAUGAUUAAUCGAGAAGUUCGAAGAAUCCAUGGCUCGAACACCCUGGAAGCGCGACCUCCUUUCAGAGAGGAUUAUACCAACGACAAGGCCCCGGUCAGCAUCAACCCGCGAUGUCCGGGGGGCAUCACAGAUUAG